AUGACGAUCACCUACAGCUGUAUUGCUAAUGGCCGAGCGGUCCUAGCGGAGCUGUCCCUGACCGGCGGCUCCUAUCAGGAAGCAGCGGCAACAGUGCUUCGACUGGUGCUUCUUAGAGCUGAGCCAAAGACCAUAAUGCAGAUGGGAAGCUUUGUCUACCAUACUCUCUUUAUUGAUGGAAUCACUUACCUAUGUGCCACAGACAAUGCCUUGGAUACUAUAACACCAUCUGCAUUUCUUAAAAACGUUAGCGACACUUUUCUGAGAAAUCCUUUGAUGUCACAAGAACAUUUUUCUCCUUCAAAUGCAGUUGCUGCAGAUUUUCAACAAGUAUUAGGGAAGUAUAUGAUGCAAUACAAUAAAAAUCAAGGUGAUAGCUCAAUAUCUACACUGAGGAGCCAAGUAACUGAAGUAAAAAAUAUUAUGUCCAAAAAUAUUGAUGAAAUUUUGGAAAAUGAAGAAAGAUUGAAUAUCUUCACUGAUAAAACCGAUGAUCUCCAAACAACUGUAAGUGAUGUUCACCUGUCUUGA